AUCAGACAGAAGUCAGGCUAAGGGGUUGGGUCUGGUGUUGUUGUCUCAGUCACAUUAACUAUCCUGGUGGAAGUGAGUGGAAAGUCAGGGUGGAGAAUCAGAUUGGAAAGUCAGAGGCAGAUCAUCAAAAGGGGAAAAUCAAGGUGUCGUUUUGAGGGGACAGAUCUGACUCCUUCUGUGUGUACGUGGUGUCGUCAUGUCAGCUCAAGGUGGUAAUGGUACUGUUUCUACUUCACCUCAUCCACCUUGCCUGAGAGUUAUUGCCGAAUAUUUUCCACCUUUCAUCGUCACCUCGAAGACCGGGGUAGUGACUGGCGCUAUGGUGGAAAUUCUUAACCUCAUAACAAAGAAACUCAACUACUGCUACGAGUUCGUCUUAGCGGAUCCGGAUUAUCAUUACGGUACACGGCAACCUAAUGGGUCCUGGACGGGUGUUAUUGGUCAGAUCUCUCGUGGGGAAGCGGACAUGUCAGGAUCCCCUUUCGCUAUCGACUUUGAGAGGGUGGAGGUCCUAGACUUCAGUGUGCCCUUCGUCGUCGAUAAGCAGGUGGCGAUGUACAAGUCCCCAGUUUACCAAGCGGAUCUGACUGGCUUCGUGAAACCUUAUACGAGUAUGGUAUGGGGACUCUUUUUCCUGGUUUCCAUUUUCGUGUUCCUCGCCGUGUUCCUCUUACAGUGGGGUCGGUCUACACUCCAGCACCCCGACCCACAUAAGGGCGGGAGAGGCGAGUCGGCGGAAAGGCUUACGGAAAGACCAGAGGAGGUGUCUCUCCUCACUCUAGCCUCAACCUCCGCUCUGUGGACCCUGAGUGCAACUCUCGCACAGUCAUCUGUCUGGUGGCCGAGAGGAGGUUCUUUAACCCUCCUAUCGGGGCUGUGGGCGUUGUCGGCACUUGUGAUGGGAUCUGUCUACCGCUCUAACUUGAAGGCCAUGUUGAUUAUGCCUAAACUGCAGCUUCCCUUCGACACCAUGGAGGAGCUGGCGGCCACAGAUAUCCCUGUUUACAUCGUCAAGAGUAGCAUGAUGUAUAAUUUUAUACAGACAGCUACUCCGGGCAGUUUGUUGUGGAGGAUGAAGGACCAGGUGAACAUUCACAGCAAGCCGAAGAGCGCCAUCCCAAGGAUCAUAAAAGGAGAGACCUCAGUGAUCAGUCCCAAUAUAGCCCUCCAGUCUAUUAUUGUGGACACCUUCAACCAGCUGAACGAGUGCCCGAUGUACAUAGCCAGGGAGCCAAUCUUUAGUGCUCUCAGCCUUUGUGUGGGAUUUACAAAGGGGUCAGGUCUCAAACAGAAAGUCGAUCCAAUAGUAUACAGUCUACGUGAGUCCGGCCUUCUGGACUAUAUCAUCACGAACAACAUGAUAAACCUCACCAAGUGCCUGAAUUCAGUCAAUUUUGGCCUACCAACCAACAGUCUCCGACCGCUUGAGCUGGAGGACUUCCUUGGCGUCUUCUGCAUCUAUGGCGGAGGGCUGUGGUUGGCGUUCAUGGUGUUCGUAAUAGAAUUGGUCCUCAACGCCUACUUGACAUCACCAAAAUAAUGCACGUCAUCAGCGCGUCUCUCUGGCAUCAACAGGACUAGAGGAAGUUACUCUAGAAAGUUUGUCUGGCCUCCACUACGAGUUUCAAGUCUCAUGGUACUGAAGAGGACUAUUCCUAACUCUUCUAUGCAGUCACCCACAACAACGACAACCUUCUCCUUCCUCGAAUCAGGACAUGACAAAACCACGAAAGAAUAUUCCGAAUUUUGCCUCGAAUUUAAAAUAUCGCUCUUACUCAGCUUCCUAUUUCGACUCAGGGUUACGCUAGAUUUAUGGAAUGUGAAUCUUAAUACUGUACUUGUUUUUCACUCCUAUAAUAUCAUCUACUAUAUCCCUCAUUCCUAUAUCAGCUACUCUAUCUAUCACUC